AUGGCGACUUGCGUUGCACGUGGUGCUACGAGUGGCGGUGGCAGCGAGGCAGAAGGAGAGAAGUGGAGACGGGCAAGGGCGGAUGGGACGCUUUGUGAUGAUGGGGAGGAGGCGAAGGAGUGCAGAGCGGUGAUGGGUGGUGAGGUGCGUGGGCGGGAGGAGAGUGGGUGGGAAGGAGGGGGGAAACGUGUGGAGGAGGGGAGGAAUGGGGAGGAUAGGGAGGAGGGGGAGGAGCCAGCGGGGGGGGAUGAAAUGAGAGAGUGUGUGGAGGAGGGGGGGGAGGGGAAGGAAGAAGAGGAGGAUGAUGGUGAGGAAUGGGCAGUGAUGCAUGGGAAUGACGAGGGGGAGUGUGAGUAUGAAUAUGAGGAGGAGGAGGAGGAGGAGGAGGAGGAGGAGGAGGAGGAGGAGGAGGAGGAGGAGGAGGAGGAGGAGGAGGAAGAGGAUGAGGAAGAGGAGGAAGAAGAAGAGAAAGAGGAGGAGGAAGAGGAGGAAGAAGAAGAGAAAGAGGAGGAGGAAGAGGAAGAGGAGGAGGAGGGAGGGAGAAGGGAGGACAACCGGGAGAAGGAGGCAGGUGCGAGGGGAGAACAGGGAGGAGGCAGGGCUGUGGGGCGGAGAGGGGGGCACGAGGCCGGGGUUUUACGGCAGGGUGGCAGCAGCAGAGGCAGAGCGCAUGGGGGCAGGGCUGCGUUGGGGGAGGAGCGAGAUUGGAAUGGGCGUGCUGAUGUGCGUGCUGAUGAUGAUACUCAUGGCGUCACGAACCGAUGCCUUGGCGUAGGCAGGGAGGGCAUGGAGGGGAGGGAGAGGAGGGAGGGUAGGGAGGGCAGAGAGGGCAGGGAGGGCAGAGAGGGCAGGGAGGGCAGGGAGGGCAGAGAGGGAAGGGAGGGAAGGGAGGGAAGGGAGGGAAGGGAGGGAAGGGAGGGAAGGGAGAGAAGGGAGGGAAGGGAAGGCACUGAGGGCAGGGAGGGUGAAAUGGACAUGGGGGGCAUGGAGGUGGAUGUGGGGGAGCUGCUGCUGUGGCUGCAUGCCAAUGGCGCUACUCCUGACCCACACACAUGGCCCUUCAAGGUGGUGGUGUGUCCGCUGCUGCAUCUGCCCCCCGGAUCCAGACAUGCUGGUCCCAGAGGCAGGCCUGACCUGGGUCUCGUGGCAUCGCGCCACAUAGCGCCAGGAGAGCUGCUCUUCUGCAUACCGCCCAAUCUGCAGAUCACUCCCGAUCGCAUCGCCCCCGCCUACUCGCUCCCUCACACCCACCCCUGCCCCUGCUCCUCUUGCUCCCCCUCGCCCUUUCCUCCUACGCCCACUUCUGCCUCUAAUCCUGGAGGGAGUAACCCAGGGAGUGAGAGUAAGGGAGAGGAGAAGGGAGAGGAGAAGGGAGAGGGGAAGGGAGAGGAAAAGGGAGAGGGGAAGGGAGAGGGUGAGGAGGAGGAGCGGUGCGAGGAGGGACUUGGAGGCCUCAACAGAGACUUAGAGCCUGGGAACCCUUUAUUCACUGAAGCAUGGCUGCUACGAGAGGUGUCCAAGGGGCACGCCUCCCCAUGGGCGCCGUACCUCGCCACGCUGCCCCCCCACGUGCCGCUGCCGUCCCUCUUCCCCCUCGCCACCAUCCAGCAGCUGCAGUGGCGCCCCACUGAAGCCAUGGCAGUGGCAUACCGGCACGCGUACGAGCAGGAGUACCGGCGGUUAGUCAGUGGCCAGGUCAUUGCUGCGCUGCGUGGGCCGUCAACCAAGCGCUGCUGCUUUUCCCCAACACCACAAUGCAAAUCCGCCCCCCGCCCCUCCUUCCCAUCCUCCCCAUCCUCUCCUCCUUCCCUAUCCUCCCCAUCCUCUCCUCCUUCCCUAUCCUCCCUACGCUCCUCAUCCCUCCCUAUGCUUUCUAUUCUUCUCAAUCCGCCCAUUCUUGACUGCCAUCCCUCGUUCAGAGCUCCUCAUAUCGUUUGCCACUCUCGUUGUCCCUUCAUUCUUUCCCCAUUCUUCCACUCUCCUCAUCCCCACUGCCCCUCACUCUCUACCUUCCGCGGCCCUUGUCGCCACACCUCUCCUCGCAUCCCCCUCUCCUUGCAACUUCCCUCCUCCACCAUCCUCUCUCCCCAAGCUCUUCGCCACUAUCUGUUCCACGCCAUUGCUCCCAUCGCCCCCGGUGCUGACCUCCUCACACACUACGGCGUGCGCUCCUCCCACUCCUUCCUCCUCUCCUACGGCUUCUCCCCCCACCCCAACUCCUUCGACUCCCUCCCCCUCUUCCGCUCCUCUUCCGACCUGCUUGAGUUCUUCGCGGAGCAUUAUUUCCCCGGGGAUUUUGGGGAGGAGGAUGGAGAGGUGGCGAGGGGGGUGAUGGGGGAGGUGGAGGAGAGUGUGAAGAGUGUGGGGAGGGUGGUGAGGGUGCUGAUUGGGACUGUGGAGGAUGGAGGUGGGGAGGGGGUGGGGGAGAGGGGGGAUGAGUGUGAGGGGAAGGGUGAGGGGGAGCGGGAGGGGAAGAUUGAUGGGGAGAUUGAGGGGGAAAUUGAAGGGGAGAGGGAGAAGGAGACUACUAGACGAACUGAUGGGGGAAACGGUGGGGAGAGAAGGGAGAGGGUGACCAUUUGUGAGGGGGGCGUAGAUGGAGAAGAGGAGGAGUUGGUGCAGAUCGGUUGUGAUGGGGAGAGAGUGAUGGAGGGUGGUGGGAGUAGUGGUGGAGAGAAGGUGGAAAACAGAGAGUACAGCUUUGAGGCGGAGAGGGGGUAUGCGGUGUGGCCGCAUGGGCAUGUGGACCCUCGCAUCAUGGCCUCCUUUGCUGCUCUCUGGCACCUCUUUGUCUAUGGCCGCGAGCCCCGGCACCAUCCCAUAGCCUGUGCCAGCGUUCUCUACUGCUGGGGCAUCUCCCACCCGGCAUUGCACCCCCUGCGCCCCCGCCUCUCUCCCCGCCUGCUUGCAUGCCUGAAAGCUGCUCUGGAUGGCAUACACGCGCGUUGUUGUGCUGUUAUUGAUGGGUUUGGAAGCCGGUUGGAGGAGGAUGAGGAGGAACUGGCAGGCUUGUUGGCGAGAGAGAGGAGGGGGUUGACAAAGAGGGUGGGGAAGAGGAAGAAUGUGAGGAGGGUUGUGGAGGGAGGAGGAAGGGAGGGUCCCGGAGAAGGGGAGGACGGUCGGAGGGAGGAAAUUAUUGAGAUUCAAGAGAAUGAGGGGAGUAAGGAAAGGAAGGAAAGUGAGAGUGAGGAGAGUGCGGAGGACGGAGGGGACAGGAAAGGGGGCAUAGCGGAGAGGGAGGCAAGGGAGAGGGAGGUGGUGUUGCGGUAUCGGAUAGGGAGGAAGAGGCUGGUGGGGGUAUUGGAGAGGAGACUGAGGAGGUCGCUUACAGGGGGGUUGAAGGGGAUGGGGGGAGGAGAGUUGGAAGAGAGGGCCAUCAUGGGGAGGUUGAUGGAAGGAAGCACCAUGUGGUAG